CAUGUAACUAACGUCGUCUCGUGUGUUUUCUGUGUAAACUAAGCAGCUAGCUAAGGGCACAACACCUGGGUAUACACACGUCUUCCCGUUUGAACCUGCACUACAUGAACUGACGUACUUUCGGGAUAUAGUUAGUGAUGUGCUUCUACACGGGAGACUUGGUUGAUGCUGAGGCGGUUUAGCAGAAUACAGUAUGAGUGCUCAAAGUCCUGCUCCUCGAGCCUUGAAUGGCAUUACUCCACUGCAACAGAUGGUGGCGUCCUGCUCCGGAGCCAUCCUCACAUCUUUGUUUGUUACACCUUUGGAUGUCGUGAAGAUCAGACUGCAAGCACAGAGAAGUCCCUUUCCCAAAGGGAAAUGUUUUGUCUACUGCAAUGGACUUAUGGACCACCUAUGUGUAUGUGAAAACGGCAACUCCAAGGCCUGGUACAAAGCCCCCAGUCACUUCAAUGGCACAGUGGAUGCCUUCGUCAAGAUAGUACGCCAUGAGGGAAUAAAGGUGUUAUGGAGCGGCCUACCUCCGACCCUUGUGAUGGCAGUCCCCGCUACAGUAAUCUACUUCACGUGCUACGACCAGCUGUGUGCAGCACUGAGGGUCAGGAUGGGAGAAUACGCUCAGGAGGCUCCUCUUCUGGCAGGAGCUAUCGCUAGAGUGGGUUCAGCGACAGUGAUCAGCCCUCUGGAGCUGAUCCGCACGAAGCUACAGUCUCAGAAACAGUCAUACAGGGAGCUGACUGACUGCAUCCGCUCUGCAGUGCAGAAGGAGGGCUGGCUGUCUCUGUGGCGAGGUCUGGGGCCCACACUCUUCCGAGACGUGCCCUUUUCAGCCAUGUACUGGUACAACUACGAGAAGGGCAAGAGCUGGCUGUGUGAACGAUAUAACAUCAGAGAACCCACGUUUACAAUUACCUUCAUAUCUGGAGCGGUGUCUGGCUCUAUUGCGUCCAUUGUAACGUUACCUUUUGAUGUCGUCAAAACGAGAAGGCAGGUGGAGUUGGGAGAGCUACAAGCCAAGAACUUGUCAUGUCAGGUCUCAUCCUCCACCUUCGGCGUGAUGAGCAGGAUUGUGGCCCAGGACGGCUUCAGUGGGCUGUUUGCAGGUUUCCUCCCAAGGUUGAUCAAAGUGGCCCCGGCCUGCGCCAUUAUGAUCAGCAGUUAUGAAUUUGGCAAAGCCUUUUUCCGCAAACACAACCAGGAGAGGAUACUCAGGCCACUGCAGACCAGCAACACCUGAUAGUUUUCCAAAUAUUUUUCUCCAAACAAAUCAAAACUACUGCUAGACUAUACCUGUAGGAAAAAGGAUAAUGCUGCCAAAUUAAGAACCCAAGCAGAAAUUGAAGUGAAGAAAAUAAUGAACUACAUGAUCCAUGUGCAUUACAAGAUUUAUAUGAAAUAAUUUUUAUUAGUAUUUAUAAUUUAAUAUUCUAUGAUUUUAUCUUCACUGCUACAAAUGAUGUGCACACAAGUGAAAAUAAAUAAGCAGCCAGCAGAUGGCAGCUACAGUUUUAUUAAUAAUAAUUAGUCCUAAAUGUGGCUGUCUCACUGGGAUCGUGUGCACUGUGCCUGAAGUCCUUACAUUAGUGAUGCAACAUUAAGUUAAUCAAGUCAGUGUAUCUCCUCCCCCGACACCGAUAGAGGAUCUCCGUGUUUUUGAACUUCCAAGCCAAUCCCGUGUUACCUGUGAAUAUGUGUAUGACAGAGAGACAAACACUAAACUUGUGUUUUUCAGUUUGACAAGAGACUGUGGAAGAGGACUGUGAUUUGUAAACUUUUUGAAAAUGUGACGUAUUUGAUAUACAUACCUGAUCUUCUCUGUAAAUUAUUUUCAUUCAUUGACUUUAUACAAGCGUCUCACAUCACUUGUUCAUUGUGGACAAGAAAUUCAAAUGUCACUAUUAAAUCCUCACUGUGUGGAUAAGCGCAGUUUAUUCAAAAUGUAGAAUAAAAAGGCAAAUAAAUCCAAUAAAACAUCUGCUGCAUAUCUGUGCAGUUGACUGCUGGAAUGAGCUAAAGGCAAAGUCAUGAUUCAGUGUUGAGGUACAUGGCUAUUCACCACUAAUACAAAUAACGCCUUACUGAUAUUGAGCAAAGCCACUUGUUCUCAAAAAAUAUCUGUUGCAAGAUAUUGUUUACUAGGUCGUAACACAGAUUAUAAGGAGUGAUCUGUAGUAACUAUCCAUUAAAAUACUGCUUUUGAAUAAUUAAAGGGAAUAAUAA